AUGUCAGACUUGAAUCCUAUGGAUCAGCCCCAGCUUUUACAACAACCUGUGGAUCCAGAUGCUCAUCAAGCUACUGGAAUGGAGCAGUUCCAGAAUUCAUAUUCAAAUGGAACGCCUAUCCUUCCACCUGAACUUUACUCGCUAUUAUUUAAAAAUACAAUUACAAAACAAAACGGCUCUCAACCUAACGAGUUUACAGCCAGAGGCUCUUGGACACAGCAAGAAGAUGAGCAGUUAAUCGCGGCAGUUCAACAACUUGGGCCUAAAAAAUGGAUCGAUAUCGCAAAAUUCGUACCUACUAGAACCUCCAAACAAUGUCGAGAAAGGUGGCAUCAUCGUCUUGAUCCUAGUAUUAAACAUGAACCAUUUGAACCUUGGGAAGAUCGUUUGAUUAUCGAAAAGCAAAGAGAAAUAGGUAACAGGUGGGCUGUAAUUGCUCAUCAGUUACCUGGAAGAAGCGCAAGCGCUAUUAAAAAUAGAUGGUACUCUGGCUUAAAGAGUCAACAUCCAACACAUGCUCAAAUGGAUUUAUCACUUAGCAUGCAACCACCCUCAGAACAGGGAUCUAUGCUUGAUGGCGUAGAUGGAUCUGUCGGCAGUUUGAAUGGUGGAUCAGCCGACCUCUGA